CGGAAACGGAGCCGCCGCUCGUGGCUCAGCGUGCUGCUGGGACUGGUGCUCGGCUUCCUCCUGGCUUCCAGGUUCAUCCUGCCCCGGGCCACCGAGCUGCACCGCAACAGCCGGAAAGGAGGCCCCCGGGGCACCGAGGGCGGCCAGGCUGGAGGCUGCGGGGUGCAGGCUGGCCUGAAGACGGAUCGCCGUGACCUGCUUCCUUACAACGGACCCCUGCCCCCGGGCAGCGAGGAGGAGGAUAUCCCCCUGGCUCGGAACUUUCUGUAUGUGGGAGUGAUGACAGCACAGAAAUACUUGAACACCAGAGCUGUGGCCGCGUACGGAACUUGGGCACACUCCAUCCCUGGAAAUGUGGAGUUCUUUUCAAGUGAGGGCUCAGACACAUCCAUACCAAUUCCUAUUGUAGCGCUCCAAGGUGUAGACGACUCCUAUCCGCCCCAAAAGAAGUCCUUCAUGAUGUUAAAAUAUAUGCACGAUCACUAUCUUGAUCAAUAUGAAUGGUUCAUGAGAGCAGAUGACGAUGUUUAUAUCAAAGGAGACCGCCUAGAGAGCUUCCUGCGCAGCCUUAACAGCAGCGAGCCUUUGUUUUUAGGACAGACUGGUCUGGGUACUACAGAGGAGAUGGGCAAACUGGCCCUGGAGCCAGGUGAAAACUUUUGCAUGGGUGGUCCUGGGGUGAUCAUGAGCAGAGAGGUCUUGCGUCGGAUGAGUCCGCACAUUGGACAGUGUCUCAGGGAGCUGUACACCACCCACGAGGAUGUUGAAAUUGGCAGAUGUGUUCGGAGGUUUGCUGGAGUGCAGUGUGUAUGGUCUUAUGAGGUGCAGCAGCUGUUUUAUGAAAAUUAUGAGCAAAAUAAGAAGGGGUAUAUUCGAGACCUCCACAACAGCAAGAUCCACAAAGCAAUCACUCUACACCCCAAUAAGAACCCACCUUACCAGUAUCGACUGCACAGUUACAUGCUGAGCCGCAAAAUAGCAGAACUCCGCUAUCGCACAAUCCAGCUUCACCGGGAAAUCGUUUUGAUGAGCAAAUACAGCAACACUGAAGUCCACAAACAUGAUCUGCAGCUUGGGAUAGCACCAUCUUUCAUGAGGUACCAGCCACGCCAGCGGGAGGAGAUUUUGGAAUGGGAGUUUCUCACGGGCAAGUAUUUGUUUUCAGCAGCUGAUGGACAACCCCCAAGACGAGGAAUGGAUGCUUCACAAAAAGAAGCGCUAGAUGAUAUAGUGAUGCAGGUCAUGGAAAUGAUAAAUGCAAAUGCCAAAACUAGAGGCCGUGUUAUUGACUUUAAAGAGAUCCAAUAUGGUUACCGCAGACUAAACCCUCUAUAUGGAGCGGAAUAUGUUCUAGAUUUGCUCCUGCUAUACAAAAAGCACAAGGGCAAAAAAAUGACUGUACCUGUGAGGAGACAUGCCUACCUCCAACAAACGUUCAGUAAGAUUCAGUUCAUGGAACAUGAAGAGAUUGAUCCUAAAGAGCUGGCGAAUAGAAUAAACAAAGAUUCUGGCUCCUUGUCUUUCCUUUCCAAUUCCCUUAAGAUGUUUGUCCCAUUUCAACUCUCCUCUUCAAAGACUGAACACAAGGAGCUCAAGGAAAAGAGGGUCAACAUUCUGGUUCCAUUAUUUGGGCGCUUUGAAAUGUUCAGUAGGUUCAUGGCCAACUUUGAAAAGACUUGCCUCCUUACCAACCAAAAUGUGAAGCUUGUCAUUUUGCUGUUCAAUUCAGACAACAACCCGGACAAGGAGAAACAAGUCGACCUCAUGAGAGAUUAUCGCGUUAAGUAUCCAAAGUCAGAAAUGCAAGUAUUGCCUGUUACUGGGGAGUUCUCCAGAGCACUGGCCCUGGAAGUUGGGUCUUCUCAGUUUAGCAAUGAUUCUUUGCUAUUCUUUUGCGAUGUGGAUUUGGUGUUCACCACUGAGUUUCUUCAACGCUGUAGGGCCAACACUGUCUUAGGACAACAAAUAUACUUUCCAAUUAUAUUCAGCCAAUAUGAUCCCAAGAUUGUCUAUGCUGGGAAGGUUCCCAGUGACAAUCAUUAUGCUUUUACACAAAAAACAGGACUCUGGAGGAACUAUGGCUUUGGAAUUACUUGUGUUCAUAAAGGAGACCUCCUUCAUGCUGGAGGAUUUGAUGUUUCUAUACAGGGAUGGGGACUGGAGGAUGUGGACCUUUUUAAUAAAGUAGUACAAACAGGAAUAAAGACUUUUAGAAGUCAGGAGGUUGGUGUGGUCCAUGUACACCAUCCGGUGUUUUGUGACCCUUAUCUUGAUCCUAAGCAAUACAAAAUGUGUUUGGGAUCCAAAGCAUCAACGUAUGGUUCCACCCAGAGACUGGCAGAACUAUGGCUUGAAAAAAAUGACCCAGCCUUUGGCAAAACCACUCACAACAAUGAUUCUGUGAGGACAGCCUGAUAAGCCAGCACAGCUGGCCCACAAUGAACUUUUUCAUAGCCAUCUAAUUUAUUUUUGUUUUCCAAUCGCCCUCUUCU